UCCUCCCCCUCCGCGCUGACUGACCCAAAAACUUUUACCACCCCCCGAACCCGCGGAUAUUCCCGUAUCGCAGACUCGACGAAGAUUUCAAUAUCCUUAACCUAUCCCAAGACCCGUGAAAUUCCUGAGCGGAGUCGCGCGGAGGGCCAAAAUAAGGGACUCACCCUUCGGUUCGUCCCCGUUUAUCCCAAGGCAAGUUCGAACUCUCGGCUGUCGCAGUCAUCCGGGUAACGCCAACCCCUAUCAAGGAUACCUUGGGGUAGGUCUCGAGCCUCAAGACCGCGUAGCCCCAACCCGACGAUUGACCCUUGUACGUAUACUAAAAGCGGGUGAAGAUAAGCCCCACUAGGUAUUCCGUCGAGUAAAAGGAAGGGUCGAAACGUGGCACGCGCAGCCUGGCUGCUUUUUUUCUUUUCUUAUUCUUCAUUCUUCUCGCUCGUCUUCUGCCUUUUUUUGGUUUUUUUUUUGUUUUUUACAUGGCGCAUAAAAUAGAGUGAAACAAAAGCGGGAAUAGAGUGAAACAGAUGCGGUUAAAGUGUCACGUGCCUCUGAUUCGCAUGUCAAAUUCUGUAAUUUGACGAUUUUAUCACCCCGUUCGGAUUUCUCUGCGGUACAAAUUCAUGCCGAUUAUACGAGACAGAAAAAAUAGACAUGAGGCGGCCUACCGAAGUAGAUUUUGAGUGAGUUUUUACACGCGAAGAGUCGAGAGUCGAGGUUGAAAAUUUCUUAGGGUAACCUUAUCAUUGAAAUCGACGUGUCUCGUUGGAUUUAUUAUAACAGAGACCGCGACGUGAUCGUUCCGACCGAAGAGCUGAUUAUUGUAGCCGCAGGUUAUGGCCGCUGGCAAAUUUUUAUCACUCUAAUUCUAUGCCUGAUGAAUUUGACUCACAUGUUAAACGCUGGUUUAGAACCAGUAGAACACAUGGCCGGCUGGUGGUGCGAAAAACCCGCGGAACUCAGAAACUGGACGGAUGCACAGUGGAUCAUGUUCAGUCACGUUAACGUGGUACGUUACUUAUUUUUUUUUUCUCUCUCGGUCUGCGUUAAAAAAAAAAUCCCGCCACCGAACCUUUCCCGUUACUCUAGACGCGGAGGGGUUUCACCGAAGAGUUGAUAAACGAAAGAUUCAGGGGUUGUAAAAUUUACAAACACGAUUUCUUGUACAUGAGAAGCAUGACGUACGAAACGAGACCGAUUAUAGAUCGUCGCGAGAACGUGGAAUGCUCGAAUGUUCACUACAGCCGAGUUUUUGGAAAAAGCAUAGCCGAAAAGGUAUCCGCUCGUUCCGUCUGUCGAUAAAAUAAAAGUCAAUUUUAUUUAUUUAUUCUCCUUGUUCCUCAUUUUUGUAGUUCAACAAGGGUUGCGAUCGGACCUUCGAACAUUCUGUUUGGCAGGCCGCCGGUGUUACCGGAGAAGUCUUGGGGUAUAUAAUCUUCGGUUAUCUCACGGAUCGAGUGGGUAGAAAGCCAGUUAUUUUCACGUCUUGUGGAUUAACACCGCUAACAGCGAUCGCGGUCUCGUUCGCGCCCAAUUACCUCACAUACGUAAUCGUGAAAACGAUCCACAAUUUUCUUCACGCCGGUUUUAUCGCCAGUUUCAUCCUAGUCAUUGAGAUAAGCAACAACGUAUGGAGAACGAGAAUGACCUCUUUGGCCUCGUUUUUUUACGCCAGUGGGAUCGGUCUCGCUCCCGUGCUCCUCAAGGUCGUGACUUCAAUCGAUCAUUUGGUGCUUCUGGUAAACGAACCCUGCCUGCUCUUCCUCCUCGCUAUAAAUUUCCUACCCGAAUCGCCGGCGUGGCUUUUUUGUACGAGAAAUUCAUCGAAACUUGGAAAUGUGAUCAUAAAGGCUGCGAAAACUAACCACAAUCCGCUGCCCAGCCAAUUCCAAGUCGAUUACAUCGAGCACCGAGAUGUUGAAAAGCAACUGCCUAAGGCUAGGCCGAAAUUCUGGGACCUUCUUCAGGCCCCUGAAAUUGCCUGCGAAAUCGCGGGUAUUGGUUAUCUGAUUUCCCUAUCGGGUGUCAUUUUCGGAAGCACACAGGCCAAGCUCGUCUUCAACGAGAAACGGGUUAGUCAUUGGUACGUCAUUAUGGGACUGGACGCGAUGUCCGGUAUAAUGAUAAGUCAGUUCUGCGUUCUUAUGAUGGGACAUCGUAAACUUCUUCACGUGACGGUCUUCCUGAUCUUCAUAACAACCGGCGCCGUGAUGAUAAAUCUCCGCGAGGAUUAUUCAACGACUACGGGACCAACGACGACCCUUUUGGCGGCCAACAUAUUCGCAAUAAGCUUGAACUACGGAGUUAUUAUAAAUUACAGCGUUCGAACCGUUCCCACCCUACUUCGAGGCACUUAUUUAGGAAUUUGGAACGCACUUUGGGCUAUUUUCACCUGGGUAGGAGUCAAGAGGUAUCUCAACUAUCCAGGAAUGAGCAGCACAGCUAUUAUAACAAUACUCUUAGCAGCGCUGGUCACGUUGAACAUCAGAGAUCUUCUCUGGAGAGAAUUGCCGGACACUGUUAACGAUUCCGUCAACUUCAAGGACAAGCCGAAACCAAAAAGGUGGUCACUCACCGAGCAAUAGUAGACUGACCGAGGAGAAGAUUAUGGUCGAUAAAUAUA